UGCUCUCAGUGCGGCUCUCUCUCUCUUCUUUCUCUCUCUCUCUCUCUCUCUCUGCCCCGUAUAGUCGUAGUAGUAGCAUAAAACGUAGUCCCCUUCCAAUGUCGAAAAAAUAUGAGGAUUAAAUUUGGGAAGGAAGUGUACGGUUUGUUCUGCUUUGAUCGUUCGAAUUUCUCACGAAGGUCAUUCGAAUCUCUGUGUGUAAGAGCGAACUGCAGUGGGUCGUGGAAAAAAAUACACUUGCCAGUUGCUUCUGGCUGCUUGGUAGAUAAAAAACCAAGAGAGGCGCGAGACGAACGAGCGAGGCACACGAGCGCGUGAAAAAAUUCCUUCGGCAAGCAUGUUAAAUAUCGUCGGCACCGAGUCGUUUCUCCAAAAUUCCGCCAACAACAUAAACAACAACCACAACAACAACAAUAAUUUUUUCAUCGACGGCGGCGGUGGCUGCAACGACGACGAGGAAGAAUGGAGAUUGAUAUCCUCGCUGAUAGACAAGUGCGCCGACGAUCCGAUUUUGGCUGAUCACUUCGAAGAGAUAGCCAACGUUAUCGCUGACAACUGCAUCACGGAUUUUUCACACGUGACCAACAGCUCGGAAGACGACGACGACGAUGCGGUAGCCGAUAUACUUUUCGAUCUAAUAAGCAACGACGACAAUGAUUGCAGCAGUAGCAGCGUCGACACGACUGCGUCAUCGACGGGUUUCAACAGCGGCUCGGAAAAAUUGCCGUCCAACGACACAAUUGCGCCAGUUCCGAUCGACUUGGAGCACGAUCUGUCGUACCAAGUCGACUGCAGCGACGGCCAGGAAAUUCCCGACGAUGCCGUCGUCGUCGACAGCGGCAACGGCAACGGCACAACCGCCAACCACAACUGCACCGAGUGCAAAAAAAAGUUCAAGAAAAAGGCCUACUUACGGCAGCACUUCAUCAACGUGCACCUGAAGCUCAAGCUGUUUCAGUGCAGCGUCUGCGACAUGACGUUCGGCUACGAGAACGUCCUGAAAAAGCACGAGGAGACGGUGCACAGCGGCCUGCAGAGGCACAGCUGUCAAGUCUGCGGCCGGAAAUUCGGCAAGAGCGCCAAUCUCAAGCGUCAUCUCAUCAACGUGCAUCUCGAGCUCAAGUCGUUUCGCUGCGAGACCUGCAACGCGAGAUUCACGCAAAAAGUCGCGCUUCGACGACACCAAUUGACGCAGCACCAUCGCAACAGCGCCAACCAAAACAGCAACGAAAACAACUCGGACAGCAGCAGCAGCGGUCCGAUAUGCGACCAAUGCGGCAAGACGUUCGGCUCGAACUACCACUUGAGCAGGCACAAGACGACGGUGCACGCCGGCAUCCGAGCUUUCGGCUGCGAACAGUGCAAAAAGAGCUUCGCCCAGAAGGAGGACCUGAUCAAGCAUCGGGCGCGGCUGCACAGCGACGAGAAGCGCUACCGGUGCGAUCUGUGCUGCUCGUCGAGCGGCGACGCAGACGCGGACGCGGACGCAGCUUGCAGAUUCGCCACCAAGGACGAUCUGACGAGGCAUCGCAGGAGCGUCCACGAGAAAGCCAAAUUUUUUAACUGUGAUUCGUGCGAUAAGGCCUUCGGCAGGAGAUACUAUUUGCUCAGGCACAAGGCCAAGGUGCAUCAGAGUUGAGAUAGAUAUUUAUCGACUAUCGUAAUUUUCUAGAUUAUAUUAUUAUCCGCGCGCUAUAGUAAAAUCGCUAUUUAAUAUAUCCUCGGAUGUGGACACUCAGCUCAAAAAUAUGCGCUUGAUGUAUUCAUUAGAAACUGGUGCUUGUCGUAAAAAUUAUUACUUAUAGACUGGUUUGUAUUAGGGUCUCUUCGAUGAUUUUGCGAGGAAAAAAAAUUAUUUUAACGUGUACGUGCAUUUAUUUUAUUAUAAAUGACUCAAAAGGGCAUUGAAAAUCGUUAUUAAAAAUAUCUAUACGAUUAAAACUCAUUUGCAUUUUUUAUUGCCAGCAAUAUUCAUAUUCUCGAUGUUGUAAUAGUUGUCAAUCGGAAACGUAGAACCUUGUCCGAUCCUUACACGUUCUAGUCUUUAAUGAAUGUAAAGUCACAUUCUAAACACGGUGGUGGUAAAAUUGUGCAACACAGCUGUAUUAUUAGUUUGAAAAUGAUUCUUUUUUCUUUUUCAAUUUUAAUUUCGACGUCGAGUCGCAAAUUGUUUACUAUGCAAACAUUCGACUGUAUACGCGUGACCCAUGUACCUUUUUCGACAAUGCGAUUUUACAUACGCGCGCCUCGAGAGUCGUAUUAAAGUGAGUCCUACAUUUUAUGCAAAUUACGUAAUCAUCCUGUUCGGCUCUAAGCGUCCGCGCGCGCACGGCAGAAAAAUGAAUGGCACAUUCGCAUAUGGGAUUUUACGACUGUGUAUGUGUUGGUGCAUGUGAGAGGCAAGCAAACGCCGCGUAUAUGAAUAAUGCGAAUCCAUAUAAGUCAUUACGUAGAAAAAGAUCGUCUCUAGUAAGGCACUUUCACCGAAUUUUCGAGGCACAGCAUCGAUCCGCCAUGGUUCUAAAUCUUCGAAGUGAAAUAGUAGUUUUCCUCCAAUUAAAAUCAAAAGCUAUCUUUUACACGUAAAAGCUGUGAAAAAUAAUGAAAAUAUUACAUUAAAAAAAAAAGUUUCACAUCGAAAUGUGUAUUUGAUGUAAAAUAUUUAUCUGACAAUUCUAUCUUAUUUGACAAGGUAACAGAGUUCCGUGAAAUUUGUAUUCCAUUUAAAUAUCUAUCUCGUGCGCUUGCCCCGAGCGUAUGUCUAUCAAAUCGGAAUUUCGCAAAAAAAAAAAUGAUAAGAGUUCGUCGCAGAAAGGAACAUACGCGUGUGUCAUUAACACUUAGAUCUCGCCCAGCAUUCAUAUUAUUACGCACACGUGCGCACGAAAUGAUUUUUGAAGAUCUUCGUCUUUAAAUAACGGUACAUUCGAAGUCUGGCAAACUUACGGUCUGACGGGCUAACAUUUAAUGUAUCCGCUCCCCACAAUGGCGCUGAUUUGAGAGGUCCGUGAUACUGUUGCCAGAGGUUUAUUUAGUGUCAAAUGUCAAUAGUUUGAUAUAAAACAACCCGUUUGAAAUGUUUACAUAUCAAUUAAUAAUUUGGAACAAGUAAUUAGGUUCAAAUUUUCUAUUACAUUGUUCUUGAUUUGUUAACAAUUUUUUAAAUUUCAAAGUUUAAUUUUUAAGUGGACCAAUAUUACUGUAUUAUUAAUUAUGUCUGAAAAUGAAGUUGAUAAUAAUUCUGUAAAUUCAUAUGAACUAACACCUAGUAGAGACAUUUAUUAAGUUCUUUAAUUUAUUACAGAUAAUUAAAUGGGAAAAAGAAUUGAUUGGGUAGAUGCUAAAAUCAAUGUAUUAAAAUCAUGUAUAUAAUACACGCAUAUAUGAACUAAGUUAUAAAAGUUGCUUAUCUGUGUCCAAAAAAAUAUCUAAGUAUCAAUUUAAAAUAAUGAAAAGCAACAUAUACAAUCUUCAAUUAUUUACUAUUUAGUAUUUUCCAUCAUUUUUGUCAAUCAAUAAAAUACUAGUUUUAAUAGAAAACAUUCAAUCAUAAUAUGGCAUCACCAAGUCAAGUCUCCUACAUAUCUAAAAUGAUCAGAUAUUAAGAGUUUCAUUCUUUUACAAAAACACUAUUCAAACUUUACAAUGUAAGAAAUUAUUAAUAAAAAAUAAGUAUAAUUAGAACUGAAGCAUAAUUAAAUAAAAUAAAAAAGUAAAA